AUGGGCGCAUCUCACACCGCCGCGGUGACUGGCCAGGGCGAGGUGUACACCUGGGGCCUGAACGACUGCGCGCAGCUGGGCAUGUCCAGCGGUCGCGGCCCCACGGUCGACACCCCCCGCCGCAUGGAGCUCCUGGUCGGCUGGAACGUCAGGGGCAUGGCCUGCGGAGCGGCGCACACCGUGGCCUUCACCAUGCAGGACGUGAUCACCUGGGGCGCCAACGACCGCGGGCAGUGCGGGCACGGCGAGCGGGCGGAGCCGGACUGGGUCAAGCCGCGCAGCAUCAAGAUGCUGCACGACCUCAUGAUCACGCAGGUGGUCUGCGGCGCGGCACACACGCUGUGCGUCACGGGGACCAGCCAGGUGUAUGCCUGGGGCGCCAACUCGCGCGGCCAGCUGGGACUGGGCGACGUGGCCGACCGGCGCACGCCCACCCUGGUGGACGGCCUCUGGGCCCUGCCCGUGCUCCAGCUGGGGGCAGGCGACAGCCACUCCGCGGCGCUGACCAACAACGGCUUCCUGUUCACCUGGGGCGCCAACUGCCAGGGCCAGCUGGGCCUGCCCGCGGCGGCCGAGGUGGCGGCGGCCGCGGCCAUGCACCGCAGCGCCAGCGAGCGCCGGCGCGUCAACCGGCGCGUGAACCAGCGCUUCCUCACCGCCAUGCUGGAGAUGGAGAUCCCGCAGGACCGCGCCGAGCUGGCCCUGCACGAGACUGGGAACGUGGGCGUGGAGGUGGCGGCGGAGUGGCUCUUCUCCGUCCCGGACGACGUGCUGGAGACGCACCUGGCCGCCGACCCGGGCACGCCCGUGGAGGAGCUGGGCGAGGCCCACCCCGACCGCGACGUGCUGCGGCUGGAGGCGGCGGUGGCCGCCGCGCGCGAUGCGCCGCGCGAGGAGCACGACGCGCGCGUCAAGCCCAUCGCCAUCGCCGUGGAGCGCAUCUUCGGCUCCCCCGCCGCCAUCUGCGCCGCCUUCGGCCUGCGCGACCGCGUGGGUCUGGACGCCGCGCUGCUGGACAGCGUGCUGCUGUCGGAGCUGGAGCGCAACUCGCGCCUGCUGGGCACGCCCGAGCGCGCGCAGGUCCUGCUGGCCGCCUGCCAGUCGCUGCUGCUGGGCGACCCGCGCUGCAGCCAGUCCCUGGUCCCGCGCCUGUGCGGCGUGGUGCUGGCCGCCCCCGCCACCACGCGCCACCUGCUGGUCAAGUGGUGGGCCGAGUGCCCGGCCGCGCUGCUGGAGGCGCGCGUGGUGCGCCCGCUCCAGCGCUACCUCACCGACGAGUUGUACACCACCAAGAAGCUGACGGUGAGCGUGAUGAACGUGAUCAAGGUCCUGGCGCGGGUGGAGGAGGGCAGCGCGGCGGGGCGGGUGCUGCCCCCCGACGCCUUCUACAACGAGCUGAUCAGCGAGAAGCUGGACGUGCUGGACCACUACGAGGUGUUCUGCCAGUCCUUUGUGGUGGAGGUGGCGGGGUGGGGCGAGCGCCGCGCGGUGGAGUUGAAGCCCGGCGGCGCGGGCAUCCCGGUGACGGAGGACAGCCGGCGCGAGUUCGUGGACGCCUACGUCGACUUCUGGCUCAACACCUCGGUGCACGCGCAGUUCGAGGCCUUUGCGCGCGGCUUCCUCAUGCUCUGCGGCGGCCCCGCCCUCCAGCUCUUCUCCGCCACCGAGCUGGAGCGCCUGGUCUGCGGCAACCCCUGCCUGGACUUCGAGGGCCUCCAGCGCUCCGCGCGCUACGAGGGCGGCUACUCGGCCGACCACCGAGUGGUCCAGUGGCUCUGGGAUGUGGUGGGCGAGCUGGACGCCGACGAGCGUCGCCUCUUCCUCAAGUUCUUCACCGGGUCCGACCGCGCGCCCAUCGGAGGCCUGGCCAACCUGCGUUGCGUCAUCCAGCGCGACGGCGCGGACUCCAACAAGCUGCCCACCAGCCACACCUGCUUCAACACGCUGCUCCUGCCCUCCUACCGCUCGCGGGAGAAGCUGGCCGACCGACUCAAGCUGGCCAUCCUCAACUCCGAGGGCUUCGGGCUGGAGUAG